CCUGGCAGCAGGAGUCCGGGCUGGGGGACGCUGCCUGCGGCUGAGGUAGCGUCGCGCCGCCCGCCCCGUCACCCCGGCCCCCUGAGCCUUUCGCCAGCCCCCCCUCCACCUCCUCCGCGCCCCAAAAUGCAGCGCCGCCUCUGCGCCCUGCUCCUGCUGGCGUCCCAGUGCAUGGGCUCGGCAGCCGGGCUCUUCCCCUUCGGGGAGCCCGACUUCUCCUACAAGCGCUCCAACUGCAAGCCCAUCCCCGCCCCGAUGCUGCUGUGCCGGGGCAUCGAGUACCAGAGCAUGCGGCUGCCCAACCUGCUGGGGCAUGAGACGGUGCAGGAGGUGCUGGAGCAGGCGUCCACCUGGAUCCCUCUGGUGCAGAAGCAGUGCCACCCCGACACCAGGAAGUUCCUCUGCUCCCUCUUUGCACCCGUCUGCAUCGACGACCUGGACGAGAUCAUCCAGCCCUGCCACUCGCUGUGCGAGGAGGUGAAGGAGAGCUGCGCCCCGGUGAUGUCCGCUUUCGGCUUCCCCUGGCCCGACAUGCUGGACUGCAGCCGCUUCCCCAAGGACAACGACCUCUGCAUCCCGCUGGCCAGCAGCGACCACAUCCUCCCCGUCACCAGGGAAGCACCCAAGGUCUGUGAUGCCUGCAAAAACAAAAAUGAAGAUGAUAAUGACAUCGUGGAAAACCUCUGCAAAAACGACUUUGCCUUGAAGAUAAAAGUGAAGGAGAUUGCCUACAUCAAUGGGGAUACCAAGAUCACCCCUGAAACAAAGAGCAAAACCAUCUACAAGCUGAAUGGGCUGACAGAAAGAGAUCUGAGGAAGAUAGUGCUCUGGCUCAAAGGUGGCCUCCAGUGUACCUGCGAUGAGAUGAAUGACAUCAACGUGCCCUACUUGGUGAUGGGGCAGAAGCAAGCCGGGGAGCUGGUGAUCACCUCGCUGAAGCGGUGGCAGAAGGGGCAGCGGGCUUUCAAGCGCUUCUCCCGCAGCAUCCGCAAACUGCAGUGUUAGUGGCUUCGGCUCUGGCUGUCCUCCAGCAGCCACCCCCAUCCCAAGCUCUCUGGGCCUCCAGCUCCCUCCUGCUUUGGCCCCUGCGAGCCUCCAGAUGCCAUGGGCACGAGACACAGCUGCCCGAGAGGGGAAGAACCCCUCUGGUUUUGUACAUAGGUUAAAAUGUAAUAAAAAAAAAUAAUGCCUAUUUUUGGGAAGUAUUAAGGUAUCUCGCUUAAAGCUUGGGGUUUUUUUUAUGGUUGCAAACGUGACUUUGGUCUGAGGUCUUUCCCUCUUGGUUUUGGUAAUGCUGGUUCAUUUGCAUUGCUGCUUCUCUGUGUGCAUGCAUGUUUGUUGUGGCCGCAGAGAAAGCCGAGCCUGUCACCGCGGGCACAGCGCUUCCGCCGAGGUGACACGGCUUCCCACCCGUACCAACGCCGGAAAGGUCACCUUACCACUCUUGCAUGUGAUACAUAGGCACCAGUAAGAGUAUAUUAACCAUUCUCACUUUUUAUUUUCCACAAGUCUGAGCCUUCCUCUCUCAGAAAAAAAAAAAAAAAAAGAAGAACAAGUUUUGGAGCUGGUUGAUCUGAAUGCAACUUUUUUUUAUUAUUAUUGUUUUGCAAAUUAAACCAUCUGUAGCCUAACUGUAAUAUACCUAGUGGUUAUUCUGAAAGAGUUGUAAAAUAUUGCUUUAAUUAACCUUGUAAAUACUCCAGAUAAAUGUUAUAUUCUUGUAUAUAAACUUUACGUCAUAGUUUA